UGUCAAUAUCCACGGCAACCCAAGCUCAGGGUGCACUUUCCAUGUUCAUCAAGCCAAGGUCUAUGGCUGCUGAGGAACUUAACCUUUUUUACUGUACCUACCUAGGUAGGUUCUGGUAGGUAGGUAUGUAUCGAGGCAAACAGCUCCAUUCGGAUCCCAAAGGAGACUAUGGGCUUUGCCUAAGUCAAGCACCCACCACCCCUUUCAACCCCAACUCGUCAGAUUCCGUUCAACCACAUCUCAAUGGGAGCUAUACAGCUUUGUCUCAGGCCUGUACUCGAUAAAUCACAGAUUUGGGUGACGACACCGAGUGCCUGACGUACCUGACCUUACCUUACUUGCAGAUCUGGUACGGCCGCUUCGCCGUUUGCUGACCCACUUUCCCUCCUUGUUGAAUUCCACCUUUCCCUCACUUUCCACCUUCCUUCCAGUUUUUCUCCUUCACUUUCUCUUUAUUUGUUGACCCCAUAGUUCUGCUUCCCACUAGCUGCCACAAAUUCUCACCUGAAGGGAGCCCUCAUCAAGAUCAUCGGCUACGAUAAGUGAAGCCGGUCUUGCAACAAUGAGCUCCAUAGGCAGCCGCUUGUCGGCAGUCAUGGGCCGAAUCAGAGACGUCGUCUAUCAGGUUGACGAAAAGAUCAACACGUCAACUUUUGGACGAAUCUUUCGUCUUAGAGGCUGUGGCCAUGAGGACGAGAUCCAAGAUGCGACGUUCUCAAGGGAGUUUAGAGCUGGCCUGACCACCUUCGCCACGAUGUCAUACAUCAUUGCCGUCAAUGCGCAUAUCUUGGCAGAUACCGGCGCCAACUGUGUCUGCAAGAACCAAACGGAUCUUGGUCUCUGCUCCAAUGAGACCGAAUAUUUGAUUUGUCAAAAUGAAGUCAGACGCGAUCUUGUCACAGCGACUGCCGCUGUCGCCGGCUUCUCGAGCAUUCUUUUCGGAUUUCUCACCAAUCUUCCAGUCGCAUUGGCACCGGGAAUGGGCCUCAAUGCCUACUUCACGUACCAAGUCGUCGGCGUUCGAGGCACUGGAUCGAUACCCUACGGCCUCGCUCUGACAGCUGUAUUCGUAGAGGGCUUCAUCUUCAUCCUACUAGCAAUCACCGGCAUGCGACACUGGCUCGUCAAGAUAGUACCAGGCACCCUCAAGACCGCGUCCGGAGUUGGCAUUGGAUUGUUCCUCACUCUCGUGGGAAUGUCUUAUGGUAACGGUAUUGGUCUUGUCACUGGAAGCGUUUCAACCCCUUUGACGAUUGGCGGCUGCCCACCCGAGGACCUAUACCGUGGCGAAUGUCCCAAUAACAUCAUGCAAAGCCACAAGAUGUGGCUUGGAAUCUUUGGCGGUCUUCUUACGGCCUGGCUCAUGGCUUUCCGAGUCAAGUCAGCAAUCAUCAUCGGCAUUGCGAUUGUUUCGAUUCUAUCAUGGCCACGCAACACCUCCCUCACAUACUUCCCUCACACGGAUGAAGGCGACUCUCGAUUCGAGUUCUUCAGGAAGAUUGCUGAUUUCCACCCGAUCCAGCAUACCCUUGGAGCCCAAGAAUGGGAUUUGUCAGGAGGCAACGGCGCAAAGUUUGCCAUUGCCGUCUUUACCUUCCUAUAUGUGGACAUCAUAGACUGCACCGCGACUCUGUAUUCUAUGGCGCGUUUCUGCAACAAGGUUGACGAAAAGGACGGGGAUUUUCCUCGUUCGACACUGGCAUACUGCACAGACGCCGCCUGCAUAUCCUUUGGAUCCCUGCUUGGAUGCUCUCCUGUGACGGUCUUUGUCGAGAGCGGGGCAGGAAUCGCCGAAGGCGGACGGACUGGCCUGACAGCAAUCAUUACCGGCAUCUGCUUCCUUGUGUCGAUUUUCUUUGCGCCAAUCUUUGCAUCAAUCCCACCCUGGGCAACAGGAUGUACUUUAAUUCUGGUCGGUUGUCUGAUGAUCCGUCAGGUGGUUGCUGUCAACUGGGGCUACAUAGGAGAUGCGCUUCCGUCCUUUGUCACAAUUUGCUUCAUCCCAUUCAGCUACAGCGUGGCUUAUGGUCUCAUCGCAGGCAUAUUCGUCUAUACUGUGAUCAAUUCGCUCAUCUGGAUUGUCAUGUUCGUGAGUGGCGGCGAACUGGAGCCUUGGGAGUACAACCGCAAGGAGUAUUGGACCUGGAAGCCUGCGGGGAGAAAGCCAUGGCUUUUCCGGGUCUUCACCAAAGGCCAAUACUGGGCAGAGGAACGACUUCAUCUCAAGAAAGACGGCUCGGAUGUAAGAUCGAUCCAGCGUCAGUCUGCAACCGAGUCCGAGGAAAAGCCACUCGAAGACCGUUUCUCGGCUGCCUCAGUGUCAAUGCCACCUCGUGCUGCACUGCUGUAGGGCUCCGAUCUGACGUUUGCGAGGAAAGUCCACCACGUGGUCACUAUGAACAGCCAUCAACUAGUCGGCGCCAUGGCAGGAGCCAAGGUUACUCCACCUACCACGAAAAUUACCCAUCAAGUUCUUCAACCACAUUUGUCCAGGCGACGCAUUUUAUUUUUUUCUUCACGCACCUAUAAAGCAUACCACAAGCGUCCAAGGCUGGCGAUGAGUAUGACGAGUAUAUGGUGAGUAUUGUUGCCCUGAAUUAGCAUUGUAACAACCGAGCUUUGGAGAACCUAUAUUACUACUGGAAACAUAUAUCCAUCGCUUGUAUCAAGUCACUAUAUCGUCAUCUCGUUGUCGAAACUUUUGCUUUAUUGGCGAUGAACAGGAGGGUUUCAACUAAGCGCCGGAAACUUAUGUGCGGCGAGAUUGUACGCCCCGGGGGUUUUCUUUUCGGGGAACAACAUACUGAGUCGAUUGAGAUCUCUCCUGCCAGCUAAAUGUUUUGAUAUUGGUCGACUUUCCAUCCUGGCCAAAGCGAGCCCUGGAGGGUCUGGAAAGGAAGUAGAUACAGUCGCGUUGAUUUUUUUUUUUAAAUCGAGAUACGCGCGUAGGAAUGCAUUAGGUAGACGCAACAAUUUGAAAG